AUGGCUAAUCUAUAUGGUUAUGGUGAUAUGACAUCGGAAGAAGCUGAACCAAUUGAUAGUGAUGAAGAAGAUCAAAAACGAUCAAGUCGAGAUCCGGAUAAAUUACCAUUUUCAAUUAUUUGGCGAGAUGAUUUAAAAAAUGAUGAUAUCAAAAUUCCGUGUUCAACUCUAUUGAUCGCUUUAGGUGCAACUGCUUCAGCAUUUGCUUUUACACAUGUCUUAUGCAAUAAUGAUAUGGAAUUAAUUGGCUAUGCAACAGAUAGUAAAAAAACGGAUGAGGAAAAUGCAGAAACAAAAGCAUUUGAUGAAAUUAAAGUACAACAAUAUUCAACACAAAGUGUUGAUCGUAUCUAUCGGUUAGCUUCAAGUUCGUUUAUACUUAUUCAAUUAAAUUCUUCAAUUAAAUCAGAUCGACUUUGGUUAAUAAGUGAACAGAUUAUUAACAAAUUUAAUUUGUUAAAAUUAAAUACAUCUAACCCGGUUUACAUUAUUCAAUCACGUUUAUGUAUGGAUUAUGUAACUAUUUCAGGUGAAUUAGAAAAUAAAUCAAAUUUAUUUAUACGUUAUAUGAAAUCAUCAACAAUUGCAAUUGAUGAUAAAACUACACAAAUAAUCAAACCAAUUCAACCACCAAAUGCAAUUCGAGGUCUAUCAGCUGCUUUAUUUACAAAAUUUCAUCAAGCAAACAUCCCGGUUAUUGUUCUUGUUGUUUAUCAACGUCAUGCAUCUGUUAAUGCUGAUUCAUUAAAAUUAUUACAACGAAUCUUAGAUCGAAUAUCAACAACAUUAAAACCAUAUAUUCAAUCAAGUGACAAAACAAAUAAACAAUUGAUUCGUUUAGCAGCAACACAAACAAGUAACAUGUACUCAUAA